UUCCAUGUUUCAAGACGGCGGGUUUGCGCUUGUGGCAACGAAGCAUUUUGAGCAACGUUUCUCCUUUUCCCCUGGGAGAAGCAAGAGGCCCCAGCAGGAAUAAUCUGGUCUGGAUCAGCAUAGAAAUGGAUGGAUCUGCUUCUGAAAUGCACCCCCCUGUGGGGUGUAACAGAAAGAGCCCUGAGAGUGUCCUGAUGAAGAGAGCAGACUCCCCUGUACCCAGCUGUGUUUCCCUGAAGAGUGAAUGGUCAAUGGGCCUCCCACUCAGCUUCAGAGAGGGACCUUUUCCUACAGAUCAAAGAGACCAAAUGGAAGAAUGCAGUUCAAAUCUACAUGAUAAAUCGGGUUUAUCAUCCAUAUUGAAGUCGCUAGAGGAAAAAGCCAUGAAGUUCCUAAAGGAGGAACUGAAGACGUUUGUGAGGCACCUAGAUCAGAAUUACCCAGAAUGCUCUGAGCCUCAGCUGGAGGAGGACAAUGACCUGGACUGUGAUGGUCAGAUGCAGAAGACCAGUGUUAGAGAGGUAGCUCUGAAGAUCACACUGUACAUCCUGAGGACCAUGAAGCAAAAUGAUCUUGCUGACCUGCUGGACAAGAGACAGCUCAUGCUACAGGAAAUCAAAGGUAAACUUAAGAAGCAAUUUGAGUGUGUAUUUGAAGGGAAAGCUAAGGAAGGACAGCCAACACUUCUCAGUGAGAUUUACACAGAACUCUACAUAACUGAAGGUGGGACUGGAGCAGUCAAUGAUGACCAUGAAGUGAGACAGAUUGAAACAGCAUCCAAGAAAAGGCGAACAGAAGAUACUACAGUCAAGUGCAAUGAUAUAUUUAAACCCUUAUGUGGGCGUGUGACUCCUAUCAGAACUAUACUCACUAAAGGGGUGGCAGGUAUCGGAAAAACAGUCUCUGUGCAGAAAUUUAUUCUCGACUGGGCAGAAGGAAAAGCAAACCAGGAUGUUCACUUCAUGUUUGCUCUUCCUUUCCGGGACCUGAAUUUGAUUAAGGGUGAAUACAGUCUGAUUGAACUGCUUCACCACUUUGUCCCAGAACUGAAAUCAUUUCAAUCCACUGACCUGUUUAGCUCCAAAGUCUUGUUCAUCUUUGAUGGUCUGGAUGAGUGUCGCCUUCCUCUGGAUUUUCAGAACAAUGAGAGCUGGUUUGAUGUAACAAAGAAAACGUCACUAGAUGUGCUGUUGACUAACCUCAUUAAAGGGAAUCUGCUCCCAUCCGCUCUCCUCUGGAUAACCUCCCGGCCAGCAGCAGCCAAUCAGAUACCUGCUAAGUGUGUCCACCAGGUGACAGAGAUACGAGGGUUCAGUGAUGCCCAGAAGGAGGAGUAUUUCAGGAGGAGAUUUAAUGAUCAGAGCCUGGCCAGCAGGAUUAUCGCACAUGUGAAAUCAUCAAGGAGCCUCUUCAUCAUGUGCCACAUACCUGUGUUCUGCUGGAUUUCAGCCACUGUGCUUAAGAGGCUUUUUAGUGAGACUGACAGGGGAGAAAUUCCAAAGACUCUGACUGAAAUGUACACACACUUCCUGAUCUUUCAGACAAGUUUAAAAAAUUACAAGUAUAUGAAAAACCAUGAAACUAAGCUUAAGGAAUACAGCAAGGAAUUUCUUUUGACACUUGGUAAACUUGCUUUUGACAACCUUGAGAAAGGCAAUCUCAUAUUUUAUGAGCAAGAUCUGACAGGGAAUGGCAUUGAUGUCACUGAAACUUCAGUUUACUCUGGAGUGUGCACAGAAGUCUUUAAAGAGGAGUAUGGGUUGUACCAGGAGAAGGUGUACUGCUUUGUGCAUCUAAGCAUCCAGGAGUAUCUCGCUGCUUUAUAUGUGUUUCUGUCAAACUCAUCAGCUGACCUGCUGAAGACUGCAGUGAAUCAGGCAUUAGAGAGCAAGAAUGGACACUUGGACCUCUACCUCCGCUUCCUCCUGGGCCUCUCAACAGACUCCAGUAAGACUCUGUUACAAAGACUACUGGGGCCGACAAGAAUCACCUCACAUACCAUUAAGGAUACAGCCCAGUACAUCAAGGGGAAAAUAAAGGAGAAUUUAUCUCCAGAAAGGACCAUCAAUCUGUUCCACUGUCUGACUGAACUGGGUGACAAUUCUCUAGUAGAGGAAGUACAAAGAUACCUAAAUUCAGGAAACAUUUCAGUAGAUGACCUCUCACCUGCACAAUACUCAGCUCUGGCCUUUGUGAUGCUGAUGUCAGAUGAGGAGCUGGAUGUGUUUGACCUGAAAAAAUACAUCAGAUCAGAUGAAGAGCACUGCAGGCUGCUGCCUGUGGUCAAGAACUCCAGGACGGCUCUGCUGAACAGCUGUGAUCUCAUAGAUAAAUACUGUGAAGUGCUGUCUUCAGCUCUAAGAUCAAACUCGUCUCCCGUGAGAGAGCUGGACCUGAGUGACAAUAACCUGAAGGAUUCAGGAGUGAAGCUGCUCUCUGCUGCACUGGGGGAUUUACACUGUAAACUGGAGAUACUGAGGUCAGUAUUACUGGGUAUUCCACACUGUAAACUAGAGAUACUGAGGUCAGUUUUACUGGGUAUUCCACACUGUAAACUGGAGAUACUGAGGCCAGUAUUACUGGAUAUUCCAAACCACAAACUGGAGAUACUGAGGCUGUCAGGCUGUAGAGUCACAGAAGAAGGCUGUUCUUCCCUGGCUUCAGCUCUGAAGUUAAACCCCUCACACCUGAGAGAGCUGGAUCUGAGUUACAAUCACCCAGGAGAUUCAGGAGUGAAGCUACUCUCUGCUGUACUGGAGGAUCCCAGCUGUAAACUGGAGAAGCUGCAGGUGGGCUGGUGUGAACUCACAGAGAAAUGCUGUGAGGCACUGGCUUCAGCUCUCAGAUCAAACUCCUCACCCCUGAGAGAGCUGGACCUGAGUGACAAUGACCUGCAGGACUCAGGAGUGAAGCUGCUCUCUGCUGGACUGGGGGACUUACACUGCAACCUGGAGAUACUGAGGUCAGUCUGACUGGGUAUUCCACACUGUAAACUGGGGGUAGUGAGGUGAGUAUUACUGGGUAUUUCACACUGUACGCUGGAAAUACUAAGGUAGAAAAUAACGAAUGAUUUCAAAAUAAAGCAGGAGUAUCUAAGUCUAGGGGUUGACUUAAAAAAUAACAUUAGACUCGCUACAGUAAGUGGAAUGUCGAAAGUAAGACUGCAUUGGAGGUUAAGGAUGACAUUAAAAGUUUCUUCCAAUAUUUUAACUCCAAAAGAGCUCUAAAAGCUGAAAUCACUCAUCUGCAGGAUAGUAACGGCCUUAUAAUUGAAAAUGAAAAUUGAUAUAGUAAAUGAGUUUAAUGAUUAUUUUACACGGGUGUUGACAGUAGAGGACAUGCUUAACUUACCACCAUUUAGUACAAAUACAGUGUCGUAUAUAAACAAUAUACAGUCCCUCCACAAUUAUUGGCCCCUUUGUAAAGAUUUGUAAAAAGGGUUAGACAAAAAUCCACCUUUUGGCGAAGCAGCUUCAUCUCACACUGAAAAAAAUGAGAAAAAUCCAACCUUUCAUUGAAAUAAAUUUAUUCAAAGAAAAACAAAUCCUUCAUCAAGAAAUAAUUAUUUUCAACAAAAACACACGAUUAUUGGCAGCCCUGCUUUUAAUACUCUGUACAACCUCCCUUUGCCAGUAUAACAGCACUGAGUCUCCUAUAACAUUUUAUAAGGUUGGAGAAUACAGAGCAGGGCAUCUGAGACCAUUCCUCUUUACAGAAUCUCUCCAGAUCACCCAGGGUCCUCGGCCCUCUCUUGUGCACUCUCCUCUUCAGCUCAGCCCACAGGUUUUCAGUGGGGUUCAGGUCAGGGGACUGAGAUGGCCAUGGCAGAAGCUUGAUUCUGCGGUCAGCUGGCCAUUUUUAUGUUUAUUUGGACAUGUGCUUAGGAUCACCGUCCUGCUGGAAGAUCCAAUGAAGGCCCAGUUUUUGUUUCCUGGCAGCAGCAGCCAAAUUUUGAUAUAAAAUGUCCUGGUAUUUCAUGGACCCCAUAGUGCCAUGUACCCUAACGAGGUUUCCAGGGUUUUUGGAGGAAAAUCAGCUCCACAACAUCACAGAACCUCCACCAUAUCUUACAGUUGGGAUAAGGUUCAUUUCAUUAUAACCAUCCUUCUUUUUACGCUAAACUCACCUUGAAUGUUUAUUGCCCAAAAGCUCCAUUUUUGUUUCAUCUGAUCAUUGAAUUUCAUUCCAGUCAAAGUUGUAUAAUGUUUUGCAAACUCCUGGCUCUAACAUUUUAAGUAACUGACAGAAAAAGCUUCUUUCUGUCAUAACUUUCAAAACGUCUGUUAGCAUGAAGGGUGCAUCUGAUGGUUUUUUGGAGACGUGGUAACCCCAAGAUUUUACUUUGUCUGGUAAUUGACUAACAGUCAUCCUUGGGGAUUUUUUGUCUCUCUUACGAUCCUCCUCACUGUAUGUGGGGGCACAAUAAA